AGGAGAUAGAUUGUUUGCAAGGCAUGCAAUCCAAGCUUGUUCAGCUGUUUAAAGCCCAGAUUGUUUGCAAGGCAUGCAAUCCAAGCUUGUUCAGCUGUUUAAAGCCCCCAAAUCAUCACAGAUUCGCCUACAGAUAGUGCACCCAUUUCCUCUGCACAAAUGAUCACCCAGAUCAAUGGUGCUGCUGCAGCUGUUGUUGCAGCAUUUCUGGUCUUCUCCACUCACCUCUACUUCCCAACCACUGCUCAUCUCUACUGCCCAGCCACUCCAUUGCCCCAAGGCCUCUCUGAUCUCACAGAACCUUCCUUUCCAUUCUGCCCGCUUACAGGCAGUUCCGUCUGUAACGAUCAUCAGUAUGGCUGUAAGUACAACCCGCUAUGCGACGACUUCCCACCGGACUUCCCUCCACCUGACACACCCAUGGUGACGGUAUUCUGUGUCGACCCCAAUGGCUGCUGCGACUUCACAACAGUGCAGGCCGCGGUCAAUGCCGUUCCAAAUCACAGCAGGAAGAGGAAUGUUGUUUGGAUCAACAAGGGCAUCUACUUUGAGAAGGUGACGGUCCCAGCAUCCAAGCCCAACAUCACAUUUCAAGGGCAGGGGUUUGACAUUACAGCGAUUGCUUGGAACGACACCGCCAAAUCAGCAAACGGCACGUUCUAUAGUGCCUCAGUCUCCAUUUUCGCAUCAGGAUUCAUUGCGAAAAACAUAAGCUUCAUUAAUGUAGCACCAAUCCCAAGGCCUGGUGCUGUUGACGCACAGGCAGUGGCAAUCCGGAUUAAUGGUGACCAAGCAGCGUUCUGGGGCUGUGGCUUCUUCGGAGCACAAGACACACUCUGUGAUGAUAGAGGCCGGCAUUACUUCAAGGAAUGUUUCAUCCAGGGCUCCAUUGACUUCAUCUUUGGAGAUGCUAGGUCACUCUAUGAAAAUUGCAGAUUGAUAUCCAUUGCAGAUCCAGUGCCUUCAGGACAAAGAUCAAUUACAGGUUCAGUCACUGCACAUGGUCGGGUAUCAGAAGAUGAUAACACUGGCUACUCAUUUGUCAAAUGUAGCAUAGGUGGCACAGGUUGGAUAUGGCUUGGCCGAGCAUGGAGACCAUAUUCUCGGGUCGUCUUUGCCUACACAUCAAUGUCAGACAUCAUAGCCUCUGAAGGAUGGAAUGACUGGAAUGAUCCCUCAAGAGAUCAGACUGUAUUUUAUGGAGAGUACAAGUGUACAGGUGAUGGUGCAAACCUGGCAGAUAGAGUGCCAUAUGCUCAGAAGCUUAGUGAUGUGCAAGUUUUACCUUACUUGAGCACAUCUUUCAUCGAUGGAGAUCAAUGGCUGAAACCAUACCGUGACUCACUAAUAUCUGCUUGAAGCAAUUCUAGGUAGAGGACAACAGUGUCACAGACUUGCAACAGGGAAAAAUAUUACAUGAAAGCAUCUCAUAAUCAACAUUUGAGCAGCACAUGAGAAUGCAACACACAUUAAUGCCAGGGGAGAAAGGAGGCAACUUCAAGUGCUGCAUUACAAUAAUCGGUGCUUGCAUAACAUACAAUAGUCAAGAGUUGACUAAUAUAAACAUCCUAUUUGCAAUAUAGUUGUCAUGUUGAAAUAAAAAUUGGGCAGAUCUCAUCUUCCUGUA